AUGGUAAACUCCAAGAAGAUCGUUGAGAUGGCGAGAAAAUGGAGAAAGGCAGCUGCCUUGGGCAAAAGGGUCUCCUCAACCCAGGCUGAUGCUAAAUUAGAUUCCAAUGCUUGCAGUACACCAGUUGCAGAAAAAGGUCACUUUAUUGUAUACACCUCAGAUGAGAAGAGAUUCAUGGUUCCCUUGAGAUUUUUGGAGAGCAUUAUUUUUGUAGAGCUCUUAAAGAUGUCUGAAGAUGAGCAUGGGAUACCAAGUGAUGGUCCAAUCAUAUUGCCUUGUGAUUCAGUGUUCAUGGAGUAUAUUCUAUCUUCGCUCAGAAGACGAGGGUCUAAAGCUAUGGACAGGGUGUUGUUAGACACUAUAUUAAGGCACCGUCAUUCUCCUUGCUCUUCGCAAACUGUGGGGUUGAAUCAACAAGUAGUUUGUAGCUUUUGA